AUGCUUGCCACACGGCGUUGUCUCACGCCGUCAUGUUUCAAAUUGCCCACAAGCCGUGUCUUGAGCAGCUCCUUCUCCGUUCCUAUCAUCCAUCGUUCCUCGACCGCAUGCCUCUUCUCGUCCAGUACAGCGAGCUACAAUGUUGAAGUGUCGAAUACCACCUCCACUAACAUAUCCGAAUAUCAGCACCAACUCCAGAGCGUACGUGUCGCUCCUACCGAAUCUGUCGACGAAGUCCGACGCAACCUCGACCCUCUCCUUCAGCAAACCCGCUACAUUGUCUGGAGCUCUCAUGCCCUUCAUCGUACCUACCGUUUUCCCACAUAUCAUCGCGCUAUCCUCUUCAUAACGCGCAUUGCCGCCCUUGCAGAGCAAUCAAACCACCACCCUAUAAUCGAAGUUACCCACAACCGCGACCUGAGCCUGACUUGGACUACAAACUUCCCGAAAGGGCUGAGCAGCAAAGAUAUAGCAAUGGCCCGUGCGAGUGAAGACAUCGCUGUAGAGCUGGAGACGUCUGAGCAUGGCCCGAAGCCAGAGGGGGCUCCACACUUUGGACCAUGGGAUGGCGAUUGGACGAUGGCACCCACAAAAUUAUUUAGGCCACCGAAGAAAGAUGAGUGGGGUGCUUUGCGAUCACCAAAAACUAGGAAGGGAUGGCCGCACAAGCCUUGA